AACAUUAUUUUCACAAAGAGCCACAUAUAGGAAUGAAAUGAAGUACAAAAACUUAUUACAAAGCUUGGCCAAAUUUAUGGAGAAAUUCACUCAACUACUUGCUUCAAUUUCUUUAUUUUCAUUCUUAUUUUCGUACUUCUCAUCUUACUUCUCAUCCUUCUUUACCUAUUAUUAUUCAUUAAACUUCUCAUUUUCUACAUUUCCUUUCCAACUUCUAAGCCAUGCUAUGGACAAAAAAUAUGUAUUUCUACUAUGCAAUGGUAUAUUCUUGGUGCUCCUCGCUAAUACUUCUAACGAGGAAGAGAAAGAAGAAGAAAAAGUAGAAGAAGACGGAUUCUUGAAUGAAUUUCUAGAAUCCGAAUUACCACUUUGCAUUGGGGCUCAUGCCUCGUAUUUAGAAACAUCAAAAGAAGAAGUACAUGUACGACAACAUGAAGAUGAGAUGAGCAUACAACUUGGUAAGUUUCAUGAAGUACCAUUGAACGUUGAAAACUCAAUUAUGACAAUCGUGGAAUAUAAGCAAGAUGAGGCAACGUCAGAAAGUCAUGAAGUCUUGGACAAAGAAAAGGAAAAUGGUAGUAUUGGAGAUGAAAAAUGUUCUACAACCUACGAGAUUGUAGAGGCAGAUGAUUGCGAAGAAAAUGACUUUUUUAGUGAAGAAGAAGAAGUGGAAGAAAGUGAUGAGCCAUUGAAUAAGUUGAGUACUGAGGACUUGAACAAGAAAUUUGAAGAAUUCAUAAAAAAAAUGAAGGAAGAAAUUAGAAUUGAAGCUCGCCAACAAUUAGUCCUCGUAAAGUAAUUAAUCAAAAUGUAUAUGUCCAAAAUCAGUAAUUAAUGCUUGCAUUAGAGUAGACUGUCUAUAUUAUUACACUCUUCAAAAUAUUACAAUCCUUCUUCAGAUCAUAUAAACGUGAGAUGCUUUGUGCACCGAACUGUCCAUCAAUUAAAAUAGUCACCUUCGUUAAUGUACAUUUGAGUUAAUUUCCUUUCCUAUGAGUAUUAGAUUUUUUUUUAUAUUCUUUUUUUUACGUUUUCUAGAUUAGGUAGAGGAGUAUGUACGUAGUUGCAAUUCAUUCUAUGUAUGUUAAUAU